AUGGUCAAGGUGGAAAUCGUGCUCUUUGUCCUUUGUGCUCUGUCACAAGCCACUGGGUGUUUCCAGCUCAUCACCCCAUCCAGAUGGGGGGCCAGGCCUGCCAACUGUUCAUCCCCUAUGAAGGAUGUCCUGCCUGAAAACGUUGUCAUCAUCCACACGGCUGGCACUCCCUGUUACACAAAAGAAGAGUGCAGCAGGGAAACAAGAAAUGUUCAAGAUUACCACCAGAGGGUCAAAAACUGGUGUGACAUUGCCUACAGCUUCCUGAUUGGUGAGGAUGGGAAUGUCUAUGAAGGGCGGGGAUGGCGUGCAGAAGGAGCUCACACCCUUGGCUACAAUGACUUGUCCCUGGGAAUCGCUUUCAUUGGCCUCUUCACAGAGAGGCCUCCCAAUGAAGCAGCGUGGAAAGCCCUGAAGUGCUUGCUCGACUUCUCUGUGAGGGUAGGCUACCUGCACCCAGACUACCUUCUGAUGGCUCACAGCGAUGUCAGCGACCUCGUAUCUCCUGGGGAUCCCGUCCGUCAAGUUAUUUCGAAGUGGCCCCAUUAUAAGCACCAAUGA